AUGAGUGAAAGUCAAGAAUCAUCAGAAUUUCAAUCAGGUUCAUCUAAACUUGAAAAUAAGUACAAUUUUCAUUAAUAAAAGGAGAAGUAAUUAAUUAGGUUUGACUAAUAUUGAAAGUGGAGAUGAAUUAAUAAAAAAGAAAACUAAAUUAAAUGAUGAAAAUGGACAAAUCAAAAUUUCAAGAAAGGUAAGUGAUGAUCUAAUUAAAAUGUUUGAAAGAUUGCCAAAUGAUUAAAUCACUAAAUUAUUAGAUGCUAUCAAAGUCAAAAAUUCACGUAUUUAUCAACUAUAAUAUAUAAAUAGCUGAUUUACCUGUUAGAGUUAAUCUUGUAGAUCUAAUGUAAAAAGAUGAAGAUUUUGUUUUAGAUAGUUAAUCUGAUUCAUAAAAAGAAAAAAAGAGAAAAAAAAGAGAAUCCAAAGAAAAAGAAUGCAAAUGCUGUAAAUAAGUAGUUAAACGUCAUCAUUGUACACAUACAGAAUGUGAGAAACCAUGUUAAACAUAAGAAAAAAUGAAAAAAAACAAAACUUGA